GAAAAAAACAGAAAAGAAGACUUUUUUUGUUUUGAUUGGACGAAGAACCAUAUGACCUGGAAACGAGAAAGACGGAAGAAUGAUAUUUUUUUGCUUAGUUCUCGGUAAGGUUCUGGUCCUAGAAUGGCUUCUUACUUUGAUGAGCACAACUGUGAGCCCACCAACCCAGAGGAACAGUACCGGCAGAACGCUCUGCUUGAGUUGGCCAGGUCUUUGAUGCAGGGUUUGGACUUAUUUGACUCCGGGUCGCUAGACUUGUCAGACUGGGACCAGCGACUUCCUCCUCCAGCUGCUAAAACUGUUGUGCAGAGCCUGACUGUGGUAAUCAUUUCUGCAGAACAAGCAGACAAAGGAGUCAAAUGUCCUGUGUGUUUGCUGGAGUUCGAGGAGCAAGAAACAGUUCGAGAAAUGCCUUGCAAGCAUCUAUUCCACUCAGGUUGCAUACUGCCAUGGUUAGGCAAGACAAACUCCUGUCCCCUUUGCCGACUGGAACUACCGACUGACAAUCCAGAAUAUGAGGAGUUUAAAAAAGACAAGGAGAGAAGAAAACAGAGGGAGCACCGGCUAGAGCACCUUCACGGAGCCAUGUACACAUGAAGCCACCCCACAUCAGUCUGCUACUGAAACCCUCAGAAAUGUACAAGCUGCACAUAGUUGAAAUCAUGACUCUCUUAUCUUUCUUAGUGUGAGCCAUUCAUUUUGGUACAAUAACUGCUGCAUCUGGCAGCUCUAUUAAAAACCACAUUUGACCAGU